GGCUUAAUUCAAAUCGGGCUUAAUUCGUGAAUAUCAUUGACUCUAGCAGCGCUCACCGCCGCCGCUACCCGCCGUCCGGUUCCUCAUUUUCGCGCCAAGUCAAUCCAGCCAUCAGCCAUAGUCACCGGAACUUCUGCCUUCUCCUCUUUCUAUCCUCGCCGUAUCCUCGUCUUUCGGUUUUCCUUUUUCCGGUCCUUUAAUAUUCGCGCAGUUUAGGUCUUUCCUUGGGUUGCGUGGAAGGAUACGGCGGACACCAGUUCAAUUUUUUACUAGAAAAGCCUACAUGUUUACCAAUCAUCGAAGGCAAGAAGAACGUACUGGGAAAUAUGGAACCCCUAGGAUGCAAUAUCUGCAGGAAUUGGUGAGUCAGUUUCAGAAUGCAACUGAUGAAGAAACAAAAGACAAGAUUGUUGCAAAUCUAGCAAACUUUGCUUAUGAUCCCUACAACUAUUCAUUCUUACGGCAGCUAAAUGUUUUGGAACUUUUCCUAGACUGCAUAACAGAACCAAAUGAGAAACUAGUUGAAUUUGGGAUUGGAGGCAUCUGCAACUCUUGUGCUGAUCCAGUGAAUGUCGCGGUUGUCAUCCAGUGUGGUGGAAUUCCUCUAGUUAUAAAUUGUUUGUCAAGCCCAGUUAGAAACACUGUAAACUAUGCUCUUGGGGCUCUUUAUUAUCUGUGUAACGAAUCGAGCAGAGAGGAUAUUUUGAAGCAGGAAGUGGUCGAUGUUAUUGAAAAAUAUGCUGCUGCUGAAUCCGUAAGUGUGAGCUUCAGUAAUCUGGCCAAAGCAUUUCUGGACAAGUACGUCUACGGAAAGGACUGAGAUCAGAUAAGGUCUACUUCCCAGUAAGAGUUUAUUAAACUGAUAUUUCCUUCUUCCGGCUAUCUCUAUUACUUCUCACUUCAAUCGAUCUUUAAUCUGGUAAUACUUCGGAUCAGUAAGUCAACAGAAAGAGGCAAAUGUGUUGAAUUUUUGCCCCUUCGUUUUCACACACACAGAUUUUCUGGGUAUAGAGAUUGUCAAAAUGUAUAGGCUAGGAAUCAAUGAAAAUAUUUGGACUUAUCGAACUGAGUCAUCAAUACGACAAUGUCAA